AAGGAGUUAAAAAAGACAAAGGAAACCUAAGCUGCUUAUCUAUAAAGCCAACACAUUAUUCUUACCCUUUUGCCCACACUUAUACCCCAUCAACCUCUACAUACACUCACCCACAUGAGUGUCUCUACAUAAACACUACUAUAUAGUACUGGUCCAAAGGUACAAGUUGAGGGAGAGAGUGAGAAGAAGCAAUUUUGUUAUAUUCAAGAAACAAUAAAAAAUAAAGUUAUUUUUGUAAUACAGAGAGGAAAGAAAAUAGAAAGAUGAAGAUUUGGUGUGCUGUUUGUGAUAAAGAAGAAGCUUCGGUGUUUUGUUGUGCGGAUGAAGCAGCUCUUUGUAAUGGUUGCGAUCGCCAUGUUCAUUUCGCCAAUAAACUAGCCGGGAAACAUCUCCGGUUCUCUCUCACUUCUCCUACUUUCAAAGAUGCUCCUCUUUGUGAUAUUUGCGGGGAGAGGCGUGCAUUAUUAUUUUGCCAAGAAGACAGAGCAAUACUAUGCAGAGAAUGUGACAUUCCAAUACAUCAAGCUAAUGAGCACACUAAGAAACACAAUAGAUUCCUCCUUACCGGCGUUAAGAUCUCUGCCUCCCCGUCAGCCUACCCAAGAGCCUCCAAUUCCAACUCUGCUGCUGCAUUUGGUCGAGCCAAAACCCGACCAAAAUCAGUAUCGAGCGAGGUCCCGAGCUCGGCCUCCAAUGAGGUAUUUACGAGCUCUUCUUCGACGACCACGAGCAAUUGCUAUUAUGGGAUAGAAGAAAACUACCAUCACGUGAGCGAUUCGGGGUCGGGAUCGGGUUGUACAGGUAGUAUAUCCGAGUAUUUGAUGGAGACAUUACCGGGUUGGAGAGUGGAGGAUUUGCUUGAACACCCUUCUUGUGUCUCCUAUGAGGAUAACAUUAUUACUAAUAACAAUAACAGUGAGUCUUAUAGGGUUUAUGAUGGUUCUUCACAAUUCCAUCAUCAAGGGUUUUGGGAUCACAAACCCUUCUCUUGAACUUAUUUCUGUCGAAUUAUAGUCUUUUUUUUAUAAGUUGGGGUUUGUAAUCAUGAAUCCAAACCAACUUGUUGUUUUCGUUUUUUAGUAUUGUUGUUUCUAUAUUUAUCUCACAUUAUGAUUUUAAAUUUAUUUUGUCAACCAAUCCUCUUUUAAUCUUAGUUUCUUUUUCUUUGAAUUUAAUUUCAGGUAUUUGUUGUAUUGAUAUCUAUACACUGUAACAGAUGAAGAAGAUCUGGAUACGUAUUUGAAAUCGAUAUGAAUCAAUGACAUUCCGUAAGGGAUUAGCCGAAAUUUUAGUCAAACAGUGCCUGGCACCACUUUGAGAAAACAGAGCUCCAACACUAAAAACUGUGAACUUUUUAAAAAUAAAAUCGUAAACUAAUACAAUGUAGUAUCAUAACUUUUGGAUUAAAAAACACCAGACUAG